GCUGGGUGUCUCUCUGGUGGUGUGUGUGUGUGUGUUUCUGUGUCUGAGGGGAAAGAGGCGGCGGAGGAGGGAGAAGCCGGAGCCGGAGGGAGAAGCCGACGCCGCCGAAGGGGGCAGGAAUAAAGCCGGGGAGAAGACGGAGGAGGCGGAGAAUAAAACCCUGAGGAGACAUUUGCCGGCUCUUUCCCUUCCUUUCACGCCCCCCCCCCUCAACGGUGUGGCCCCCUCGGCCUGGUGGGCGAGCGCGCCUCAAGCAGAGCAGGCCGGAGAGAGUGAGAGAGAGGAGGGGGCGCCUGGAGUGCACUGGCCCCUCCCCUCCUCUCCUCCCCCUCAGCCCUGCCCCCCUCCCGGCUCGCCCCCCCUUUAAUACUUGAGCACAUUAGCUCCUCCCACAACAGUCUCGCCAACAGCCCCCCCGCCGUUAACAUGCAAAGGGACCCCACCUCCUAAGCACCCAGCCCCCAGUUGCAGCAGCCCCCCUCUUUUUCCCCCCACCCUUGCUUUGUGGCUGGGGAGGGGGCCCUUGGGAGCCCUCUUCGCCACUUUCUGCCCCUCCAGGACCCCCACCCACAUCUUCAGGGUGCCCAUUUUGGUACCCCCAUCUCCAGCCACCCAUUGCACCCCCCCACCCCCACUAGCCUCUUCCCUCUUGGCUGCUCGCUUCCCCUCUCCUGGCCCCCCCCUCUUUUUUUUUUUAAAAAAAACCUUGCUUGGGGUCUCCUCAGCCUCCCUCCCUCUCUGCCCCCACCCCCUUCCAGAGAAAACCCUACUGAUGGUGUGAAUCGGGAGGAGAAGGACCUUUUUAAAACACUGGGGUUACCGGCGUGGUCCAAUUUUUCCUGGAGUGGCGUGCGAAAUUCAGAAGACUGAAGCCCAGGCUGACUGUCUACCUUUCACGGAGGCCGAGCCGUGAGAGGACGGAAGAAGGCACCUGGCGCAUCAUGACAGCGGACAAAGAGAAGGACAAAGAGAAAGAGAAGGACCGGGACCGGGACAAACGGGACAAGGCGCGGGAGAGCGAGAAUUCCCGGCCCCGCCGGAGCUGCACCCUGGAGGGCGGGGCCAAGAACUACGCCGAGAGCGACCACAGCGAGGACGAGGACAAUGACAACAACAGCGCCACCACCGAGGAGUCCACCAAGAAGAACAAAAAGAAGCCCCCGAAGAAGAAGUCCCGCUACGAGAGGACGGACAACGGGGAGAUCACCUCCUUCAUCACGGAGGACGAUGUGGUCUACCGGCCUGGAGAUUGCGUGUACAUCGAGAGCCGUCGGCCGAACACACCCUAUUUCAUCUGCAGCAUUCAAGACUUCAAACUGAGUAAGCGGGACCACCUGCUCAUGAACGUCAAGUGGUACUACCGCCAAUCCGAGGUCCCGGAUUCUGUUUACCAACAUUUGGUCCAAGACCGACACAACGAAAACGAUUCUGGGCGUGAGCUGGUUAUCACGGACCCAGUGAUCAAGAACCGAGAGCUGUUCAUUUCGGACUAUGUGGAUACUUACCAUGCUGCUGCCCUCAGGGGAAAAUGUAACAUCUCUCACUUCUCCGACAUCUUUGCUGCUAGAGAAUUCAAAGCUCGGAUAGACUCGUUUUUCUACAUUCUGGGGUACAAUCCAGAGACCAGGAGGCUGAACAGCACUCAAGGAGAAAUCCGGGUUGGGCCCAGCCAUCAGGCCAAGCUCCCUGAGCUGCAGCCCUUCCCUUCCGGAGAUGGGGACGCAGUGACGCGUCACGAGGAGCUGGUCUGGAUGCCGGGGGUGAACGACUGCGACCUGCUCAUGUACCUGCGGGCAGCAAGGAGCAUGGCGGCAUUUGCCGGGAUGUGUGACGGCGGCUCGACAGAAGAUGGGUGCGUGGCGGCUUCCCGGGAUGACACCACUCUUAACGCCCUCAACACACUACACGAGAGCAACUACGACGCCGGGAAGGCCCUGCAGCGUCUGGUGAGGAAGCCCGUCCCGAAACUGAUCGAAAAAUGCUGGACGGAAGACGAAAUGAAGAGGUUCAUUAAAGGCCUCCGGCAGUACGGCAAGAACUUUUUCAGGAUCCGAAAAGAAUUGCUCCCCAAUAAGGAGACGGGAGAGCUGAUCACCUUCUAUUACUACUGGAAGAAGACGCCGGAAGCUGCCAGCUCCCGGGCUCACCGCAGGCAUCGGCGACAGGCUGUCUUCCGGAGAAUUAAGACCCGGACAGCUUCCACUCCGGUGAACACCCCCUCCAGGCCUCCUUCCAGCGAAUUCUUGGAUUUGAGCUCGGCCAGCGAAGAUGAUUUUGACAGCGAGGACAGUGAACAGGAGCUGAAGGGCUAUGCGUGUCGACACUGCUUCACCACCACCUCCAAGGACUGGCACCACGGGGGACGGGAGAACAUCCUUCUCUGCACGGACUGUCGGAUCCACUUCAAGAAGUACGGGGAGCUUCCUCCCAUUGAGAAGCCGGUGGACCCGCCGCCUUUUAUGUUUAAGCCGGUCAAGGAGGAAGAUGAUGCUCUCAGCGGGAAGCAUAGCAUGAGGACGAGAAGGAGCCGCGGCUCGCAGAUGUCUACACUUCGCAGCGGUCGUAAAAAGCAACCCACCAGCCCAGACGGGAGAGCCUCACCCAUCAACGAGGACAUCCGGUCCAGUGGCCGAAACUCACCCAGCGCGGCCAGCACUUCCAGUAACGACAGCAAGGCGGAUUCGGUCAAGAAAUCCACCAAAAAGAUCAAAGAAGAGGCUGCUUCUCCUCUCAAGAGCUCCAAGAGGCAACGGGAAAAGGCCGCCUCUGACGGCGAGGAGCCCGACCGCAUCAAUGCCAAAAAAACCAAAACCCAGGAGAUCAGCCGGCCCAACUCCCCCUCGGAGGGCGAAGGGGAGAGUUCCGACAGCCGCAGCGUGAACGACGAGGGCAGCAGCGACCCCAAGGACAUUGACCAGGACAACCGCAGCACCUCGCCCAGCAUCUCCAGCCCUCAGGACAACGAGAGCGACUCGGACUCCUCAGCCCAACAGCAGCCCUCUCUCCAGGCCCCCAACGGCCCGGCCCAGCCCCCCGGGCCCCUUCCGGCGCAGCUGCCCUCGUUGCCGGCCGGCAUCCUCUCUUCCGCCGGCCCACAUGUGUCCCCGUCGGGAGCGCAGCCCCCCAGCCAGCAGCCGCCGCCUCUGCCCCUGGGCCUCCCUCAUUCGCACAUCCAGCAGGGGCCUUCCUUGCACCCCCCCAGGCUGCCAUCCCCUCCUCACCCGUCUCUGCAGCCGCUCGGCGGCCCCUCCAGCCAGCCCCCGGGCCUCUCCCAGCCGCCCCUCCAUGGCCAGAUCCAGGCCCUGCCGCACGGCCUGCAAGGCCAGCCCCUCCUGCCCCAUCCGGCCCCUGGGCAGCCCUUUGCCCUCCCGCCCCAGGCCUUGCCAGCCUCCACUUCGCAGUCUCAGGGUCCCCUGCCGCCCCCGGCCCCCUCCCAUACCCACCCAGCCCUGCAGGUCUCGGUGCCCUCCUCGUCCCCGCUGUCCUCCCAGUGCCCCCGGGAGCAGCCCUUGCCCCCUGCCCCCAUGGCCAUGCCUCACAUCAAGCCCCCGCCCACCACGCCCAUCCCGCCCCUGCCCACGCCCCCCUCCCACAAGCAUCUCUCUGGCCCCUCGCCCUUCUCCAUGAACUCCAACCUGCCCCCGCCCCCCGCACUGAAGCCGCUUAGCUCACUCUCCACCCACCACCCGCCCUCCGCGCACCCCCCUCCCCUGCAGCUGAUGCCCCAGAGCCAGCCCCUGCAACCCUCCCCCGCCCAGCCCCCGGUCCUCACCCAGAGCCACCCGGCCCCUCCCCAGCCCCCUUUCGCCCAGCACCCCUUCGUUCCCGGGGGGGCGGCUCCCGUCACGCCGCCUUCCUGCCCGUCGACUUCCACGCCACCCUCUGUGCCAAGCGCCCCGAGCCAGGGGGCCGUGCCCAGCUCGGCGGCCUGUGGCGGGAGCCUCCCCGUGGUGGCCACCUGCCCCAUCCCCUCCAUCCAGAUCAAGGAAGAGGCGCUGGACGAGGCUGAGGAGCCCGAAAGCCCCCCUCCCUCCACCCGGAGCCCCUCCCCAGAGCCCACGGUGGUGGACACGCCGAGCCACGCCAGUCAGUCGGCUAGGUUUUACAAGCACCUGGACCGUGGCUACAACUCUUGCGGCCGGACGGAUCUGUACUUCAUGCCGCUGGCUGGCUCCAAGCUGGCAAAGAAGCGGGAAGAGGCGAUUGAGAAGGCCAAGCGUGAGGCAGAGCAGAAAGCGAGAGAAGAACGGGAACGGGAAAAAGAGAAGGAGAAGGAGAGGGAGCGAGAACGGGAACGCGAGAGGGAAGCGGAAAGAGCGGCGAAAGCGUCCAGUUCCUCCCACGACGGUCGUCUCGGAGAAUCCCAGCUGAGCGGGCCGGCGCACCUGAGGCCCUCCUUUGAACCACCCCCUACCACCAUCGCGGCCGUACCCCCCUACAUCGGGCCGGAUACCCCGGCCCUACGGACGCUGAGCGAGUACGCGCGUCCUCACGUCAUGUCCCCCACCAACCGGAACCACCCCUUCUUCGUUCCACUCAACCCCACCGACCCACUCUUGGCCUACCACAUGCCUGGCCUCUACAAUGUGGACCCCACCCUCCGGGAGCGGGAGCUGCGGGAGCGGGAGCUGCGAGAGCGGGAGCUGCGGGAGCGGGAACUACGGGAAAGGAUGAAGCCGGGUUUCGAGGUCAAGCCUCCCGAACUGGACGCCCUCCACCCGGCCACCAACCCCAUGGAGCACUUUGCCCGUCACGGGGCCCUCACCAUCCCCCCGACGGCAGGCCCGCACCCCUUUGCUUCCUUCCACCCUGGGCUUAACCCUCUGGAGAGGGAGAGACUCGCUUUGGCCGGCCCGCAGUUACGGCCGGAUAUGAGCUACCCGGACAGACUGGCUGCCGAGAGGAUCCACGCCGAGCGAAUGGCGUCCCUCACCAACGAUCCCUUGGCCAGGCUCCAGAUGUUCAACGUGACGCCCCAUCACCACCAACAUUCCCACAUCCAUUCACAUCUGCAUCUCCACCAGCAGGACCCCCUACAUCAAGGCUCAGCAGGACCCGUCCAUCCCCUGGUGGACCCCCUAGCCGCCGGACCGCAUUUGGCACGCUUCCCUUACCCUCCCGGCACCAUCCCCAACCCGUUGCUAGGACAGCCGUCCCACGAGCAUGAAAUGCUACGGCAUCCGGUCUUCGGUGCCCAUUACCCCCGCGACCUUCCCGGCGCCCUCCCGCCUCCCAUGUCCGCGGCACAUCAGUUACAAGCCAUGCACGCCCAAUCAGCAGAGCUGCAGCGACUGGCGAUGGAACAGCAGUGGCUUCACGGGCACCCCCACAUCCACGGGGGGCACCUCCCCAGCCAAGAAGACUAUUACAGCCGCCUGAAGAAGGAGGGCGACAAGCAGUUGUAAUACCUUAUUUAUUUGUGACGCUGACUACUCAAGUUCCUAGUCCUCGGGGAACAGUGGAAUGUGUUUAAUCUGGAGAACUGCUGGAAAAGCAAAAGAAAUCUCUUCCAGAGAGAACCGUUCUCUCUUUUUUUUCACGCAGGAAACACACACACACACACACAC